UCCAAAAAAACAAAAAACACUCAAAACUAAAUAAAACUACAUAUAACAAUAAAAAAUUACAAAUAAAUUCACAAUAAAUUUGGCAUAAAGAUGGCUAAACGAAUACGCGAUACAGAUGAAAAAUGUCAGCGCAAGAAAAAUAUGCGACUGCGUUUCAAGAAAUUGGUUCGUGCUGUCAUGUUGAAUCAGCAAUGGCUGGAUGAGCCCGAAGAGCAGGGCAUCGUCAUGAAUGCCAAAAAGAAUGUCGCUUUUCUCAUCAGGCAAAAGCGCAAGACUGGGCUUUUGACUGUUGCGGAGAAAGCCCUGCUUCGUACUCCACAUGCAUACCGCACUAUAGAGGAGCGUAAGAAGUUGUGCCUGAUUGUAUCUGGCUUGUCGUGCUUCAAUAAUAUACCGCCGAAACUGCGGGCCCGAUUGAUACCGGUUCUAAAGUUUGCCACUAUCGGAGGAGAUCGUGUGCUCAUCCGGCAAGGUGAUCAGCCGAUUUACGUGUAUUUCAUGAUCUCCGGCGAGGUCGAAAUGAAGAAAUCCAUCUACGACAAAAACACUAGAAAAAUCACAUUGGUGUCAGAGGCCAUUAUGGGUGCUGGAGAUAUCAUAGGCGAGGUUGAGCUCCUUGAGGACUGCACCAGAAUAAACACCUAUGUGGCACUAUCGCCCUGUGAAGUAUUGUCAAUAACCGACGAUGACUUUCGGAGUAUUUUGGGUCCUUACAUGAUAAAGCAAUGGCACGAAAAGAAAAUAGCUCUCAGAUCGCUAAACUAUUUCGAUUUUCUAACAGACGAACAGAUUGUGCGUGCUUGCAAUUACUGUCAGCUAGCACAAUACGAUCCGCUGCAGUCCAUAUACUCGGAGGACAGGGGCGCUGUUAGCUGUGUCCAUUUCAUUUUGAGCGGCGAAUGUGUUAUUUUACAGUGCCUCAAAAUGCUUCAAGUGGUCAAGGCGGAUGGCACCAGAACAUUCGAGCUGAUCAAUGUCAAGGAAACGGGACAGAAUCUCUUUGAGAAUCCCUCAAAAUCGAUGAGAGCACUGAGCACAUCAUUUAUUGAUUAUGGAAAUACGAAAGACAAAAUGUUGGUGGAUUCGGUUUUCAAUAUCAACGAUCUAUUGGCUUCUUCGUCGGAAUUCGAAGAUGAGGAGGCAUUGCAGCAGAAGAAAGCGAAGCGUAAAAUGGGACUUCGCGAAAUCGAGGCAGCGUGUGGUUUUAUUCGCAAUGAUAUGGCUGUGACUAUUAAAAAAAUGAAGCUUAAAUCGAUUGUUAGGCGAAGAACGACUGUGGUUCCAAGGCGAUUGACUACGUAUUAUCCGCGCCCGUAUGUGGACGAAAGUGAAUCAAUAGACGAAGAUACAUCGUUCAACUACAUAGAAGAAGAUUAUGUUGUGGAAGAAGAACGAACCGAUUCUGAAGCAGAAUUAAUGUCGAUACGAUCAACGAAAAUCUCAAGAGCUUCGAUCUCGAGAAGAAACACUGAUGCAUCAAGACGUUCCACAGUUGGCAAACCGCUUCCGAUCAUAAAACAAAGUCCUAAGACGAGCCGAAUUGCGGUUCGCAUCGAAACGGAAGAUUCUGUUGGGGUUAUUUCCGAUUCGGAAGACUUCUCAAGCUCGGGCUCUAGUCACGUCUUCGAGAUGGAGAAAGACAGUCAAAUAAUUCCCACGGAGACACGUUUCAUAGACGUGGGCUCCCUGACCUAUGGCGGUAUUUUCGGUCUGGGUGAGAAAAUGGCCCAUCGCGUUAUAAUGGCACGCACCGUGGUACAGUGCCUGCUAUUGCCACGCUACUGGCUGUUCGAGGAGGAACAGAAUCCGGGUCACAUCUGGAAGCGUCGCCGAUUUUAUCUGGAGGGCAGCAUACCCUCGCGCGAGGAGCUAUUCAAAGAUUUUAUAAAAACCCGUCGCUGGGAAAAUUUCAAGCGUGACUAUGUGCAAAGCACAUUGAAUCCAAAUAGCGUGAAUAGCACCCAGCCCGAAGAUAUACCGAUAAUAUGCCGCAUUGUUGAGACCAGAGAUGAUAUUUAGAAACGCGUGAAACAAGGGCCAUCUAAAUUAUAAUGUGUAGAACGAAAUAACAAAACAAGUAAAGAAAAAAACACAGAUAGUAUGUAUAUGAUAUGUUAACUAGGAAUAUACAUAUAUGUGUAUGGACAUGGAGUAUAUUAUAUAUGUACUAGCCCGAGGCUUUUGCCCGGGCAAAGCGUAUUUUAUGAACUAUUUUUUU